GCAUUUUCAUUUAGCCUUUGUCUCGUUUUCGUCCGUGAAAAAAUGUCGUUGACGAAAAUUAUGACGAAAAUUAUUCGUCAACGAAAUUAACACUGUACAAGAUACAAAAUUAAUGCAGGGGACUAUUUUCUCAUUCUCAUGAUGUUCCAAACCCAUUUGCAGUACUUUUUCAGUUUCAUCAACCUCUUUCAUAGUGAAGGUCUGUCAAGUUCCAAAAUGGAGAGAGAAAAAUAGCAUUUGGCCUUGGGAUUCAAGGACAUAAAUAUCUCAAGCACUCCUGAAGCAGACCUUGAAUACUGAAACAUCCCAUUAUGAAGGAGUGAACAAAAAUGCCAUCAUCAUAUGGUGCAGAGAUAUCAUGGAUCUUUCAGAUGCCCUUGAUUUUCCACAACAAAACAACCAGCAAGCAGGAGGCCCAGUAUGGCCCGGCCAACCAGCCAACCCCGCCUGGCCCGGCCAACCAGCUAACCCCGCCUGGCCUGGCCAGCCUGCUAACCCCACCUGGCCUGGGCAGCCAAACCAACCUGCCUGGCCUGGGCAACCAAAUCAGCCAACAUGGCCUGGACAGCCUGGACAGCCCGGGCAGCCUACAGCUCCUGGGUGGCCUGGACCUGCACCACAAACUGGCCCUUAUGGUGCUCCUAUCCAAGCUCCAAAAGCACUAACUGUGCCUUUUGACCUCCCACUACAAAAUGGAGCUUUUAACAAGAUGCUUAUCACCAUCACUGGAGAGGUCAAACCCAACGCUAAAAGUUUCACAAUUAAUUUAAACAGAGGCCACGACAUUGUGUUUCAUUUAAACCCCCGCUUCAAUGAAAGCGGAAAGCAAGUGAUUGUGCGAAACAGCAUGAUUGGAAACAAUUGGGGUAGAGAAGAGCGAGAGCUCCCCUCCUUCCCUUUUGUCCCAGGAAAGCCUUUUGAGCUGAAGAUCUUAUGCACUGACACUGAAUUCAAAGUGGCAGUGAACAAGUCACACCUUCUGGAGUUCAAACAUCGGGUCCGUGAGCUCGACCAGAUCAGAGGUCUUAGUAUCUACAAUGAUGUCACCCUUAAUUCUGUAAAUGUGGAGACACUGCAGUGAGAUCAUACUACUGAUUCUGGAACAGUUUUGUCUUUUGACAAUGACACAUGCAAUGCUCAACCUGUUAAACCACAUGUGCAAGUUAUCUUACCUCCAGUAGUCAUAUAUUUUAAACACUGUAGUAAUGCUGUAGUUAGCUUUGUUACCUCUAGUGGGCUUUUUACUUUCUAGUGAGGAUUGGGUUGUCAUAAGGUUCAAUGACAGAGUUAAAGGGAAGAAAUAUUUUACAUGAACAUUGUGUUUUGUAUUGCUACAAGUGAUAUUGAAGUACCAUUGUUGAUAUGCUUACAAUGUCUGCAACGCUUAUGAUGCUGAUGAUGAAUGAGGAUGAGGAUAAUGGUGGAGGUCAUAGUGGGGAAUCUGAUAGUGGCCAAUCAAGAAUAAUGCAUAAUUAAUGUGAAAUUAGAACUGGAAUAAAAUAGGACUUUAUGAUUCUAUAUUACCUUCAGCUGUAACCAGUGCCAAAGAUUGUUCUUCUUAAAGAUCCAAUGAUUAAAGAAACAACAACUGAUGUAAACAUUGAGUGGUGGGCAUGUAAUUACAAUCCUCUGUGAGAUCUGUGUAGUACACUUUUACUGCCAGCUCCUAAUAUAAAUAAAAUAGCAGCAGUGUAAACUGAA